GGAGCUGCUCCGGUCGCUGGGUGACGUUUGUGAUUUUAGGGGAAGCUGCGUGAUGGCUCCAAUCCAAAUAACGUUAUUUAAAGGAAAUAUUUCUUCCUCUGUGUUCUUUAAUCAACGGAUAGCAGCAUUUUAAGCAGCGUUUAUAUCUCUCACCACAGCCGAGGUACGAAUAACAUAAAUAUGACUCUGUAGUUCGCAGCUAAGUUAGCAAAACAGGAUAAUGGACGCGCUGAAUUAGAUGUUUUGAUUAGUCCAGAGGACUGCAGCAGGAGAGAAUGAGUGGGGCUGCGCUGGGUAUUGAGAUAGUCGUGGUCUUUUUUCUGGCUCUGUUCCUGCUGCAUCGCUAUGGGGACUUCAAAAAGCAACAGCGCAUGGUGCUCUUUGGCACACUGCUGGCCUGGUAUUUGUGCUUUCUCAUCGUCUUCAUUCUCCCAUUGGAUGUCAGCACGACAAUAUAUAAACAGUGCAUAAUUGAUCAUGGCGAACAUGCUCAGUCACCAUCUGUAGGCCCAGAAAUCACCAACCAAACAACAGGAAAUGCAACUGUGGCACCCACUGCUAGCAUUCCAAAGGUGUGUCACAAGCCAUGGAGCUACAUUCCCAAUGGUAUCAUGCCUGUGUUCUGGAGGGUUGUGUACUGGACCUCACAGUGUCUUACAUGGCUUCUUUUACCCUUCAUGCAAUCCUACGCCCGCUCAGGGGGCUUCUCCAUCACAGGAAAAAUAAAAACAGCUCUGAUUGAGAAUGCCAUCUACUACGGUACUUACCUAUUCAUUUUUGGCUCGCUCCUCAUCUAUGUUGCUGUGCAUCCACAGUGGCACCUCUCCUGGUAUGAACUGCAGACCAUAGGCAUCACAGCAGCCAACACAUGGGGUCUGUUCUUACUAGUGCUGCUGAUGGGUUAUGGCUUGGUGGAAAUUCCACGCUCCUACUGGGAGGCUUCUCGGCAAGGACACCUGCUCAUCAAGACCUACUUCAAAGCUGCUAAGUUGAUGGCUGAGAAAGCAGACGCAGAGGAGAACCUGGAAGAUGUCAUGGAGGAGGUGAGAAAGGUCAACGAAUCCAUCAAGUAUAACCACCCUUUCAGGAAAUACAUUGACACUAUCCUUAGAAAGUGCCCUGUUGAAUAUCAAGAGAAGAUGGGGAGAAAUAUGGAUGACUAUGAAGAUUUUGAUGACAAGCAAAACACCUAUCCCAGUGAAAGGAGUCUAGUGAAGCUUCACAAGCAGGUCAUUUAUGCCGUCCAGAGACAUAAUCGUACACGUGUGCAGUGGCAGAUUCUUCUCGACCAAGCCUUCCACCUUGAGGACGUUGCGAAGAACGAGACCAGCACAUCAUGCCAGUUUGUCCAUAGCUUUGCACCCACAGAGCCCGCAACUUGGUUCAACCGCUACAUCUACACGCCUACUGUAGAGUGGUAUUGGGAGUGCAUGAUGAAGCAGUGGUUUUACCGUGUGCUGGCUGUAGUUCUGUCACUCUUCUCUGUGGCUGUGGUCUGGUCUGAAUGCACCUUCUUCAGCACUCGUCCUGUUCUCUCACUCUUCGCUGUAUUUAUCCAGCUUGCAGAAAGAGACUACAACUAUCUGUACAUCGAGAUGGCGUGCUUCAUCACAAUCUUCUUCCUGUGCACUUGUGUGUACUCCACUGUGUUUCGCAUUCGUGUUUUCAACUACUACUACCUGGCCUCUCACCACCAAACUGAUGCCUACAGCCUUCAGUUCAGUGGCAUGCUUUUCUGCCGCUUGACUCCUCCCCUCUGUCUGAACUUUCUGGGAUUGAUCCACAUGGACUCUGCUAUCUCUCACCAGGCUAAGGAGCAGACUGCGUACACUUCAAUCAUGGGUUCCAUGCGAGUUCUCUCUUUUAUUGCCAAUGGCUUCUACAUCUACUAUCCUAUGCUGAUAGUCAUUCUUUGCAUUGCCACAUACUUCAGCCUUGGCACCCGCUGUCUGAACCUCCUGGGCUUCCAGCAGUUUAUGGGAGAUAAUGAAAUGACCUCUGACCUAAUCGAUGAGGGCAGGGAGUUACUUCGCAGAGAGAGAAGAAAACGACAGAGAAUAGAGGAUGGGGAGAACAGAAGAAGAGAAUGGAGAGAGCGCUAUGGGCAGAGAGACGAGGCAGCAGCCAGAAACAGGGCCUCCAUCUCGGAGAUGAAGGAAACCAAUUACGCUGAAACACUCAGCUCGAACACAAACAGACAAGCCAAAUACUCUCGCAGUGGCAGUCGCUCAGGGAGGGACUGCAUUGAGCUCCUACAAGAUGCUGAGCCUUUGGACUUCAAUGCAGAAGCACUAACCGAAGACCCACUGGAAUCAAAUACUAAUAGACAUACUGGAGGGAGAUAUCUGUCUAUGUCCUCCUCCCAGAGCAGAAUCUUUGAUGAUGUGUGAAAGGCAUUCCAGGAGAAGAGAAGUAAAAGAGAUGAUGGUGAUGUAUUUAUUUGCUCGGUCUGAGGAGUGAUUUCAGAUGAACAUGGUGCUUCUGUCACUCUUGAAUGUAGAAUGUUACUGUACCUACAGAACAGGCACUAAAGGAAGGGGGUAUUUCAUUGCGCAUCCCUGAUUGAAACGUAUGUACCUAAUCGUAUUGUACGGAACAUGCACACAUACGCACACUCACACACACACCAACUCUCAAGUGCCAGGUAGUCAGUUUGUUACAUGUGGAAAAUGAGACUUUUUCUCCUUUGCCUUCAGAGUAGCUCCUUUUCAGGUAUUGAAGGAAUGUUAGUUACUGUAUAAACCUAAAUGGUCAGAGCAUUAAGUCAUGCCAGAUAAGGCUCAUUGAAUAGUUAAAUAUCUACAGUAAACUCAAACAACUCUAUCUCGAUGGUGUGCUUUCUGGACUAUUGAUGUCUACUGCAGUGUGUUGACCAGUUAAGAACAUUAUUUAUAAUUUUAUCCUCGGGCAAAGCUGGUUUUAAUUCAAUUUAAAUAUUUUAUAAACUAAUGCAGUACAGUGCAAAAUCAGAGACCACCCUUCAUUUAAUUAAUUUCCAGUCCAAAUGGCCAUUAAGUGCAAGUUAUUCGUGGAGAUUAGAUAUAACAUAAUCCACUUACGUAAGGAAGGGGAAAGUCAAAGGAAAAUAAGUGGAAAAGCAGGUGUUUUCAAAACUGGUGUUCAAACAAUUAUUAAAAUAUGGGCUACUAACAACCAUACAGACCAUCAAAACAGUAGGUUAAGCUUUCAUCUUUUAUCAAAGGGUCUGAAAGGAGGUGUAGCUUUCAAGAAGCCAAUACCGAUAAAAGAAAAUAGACAAAAAGAAAAAAAAAUGCAAAAAAGUUGCUGAUGUUGUCAGAGCAAUGGACUGACCACCCAGAGUUCAAAUUUCAACAUCAUUAAUUGUGUUCUGGAUUGCUUGGAUUGUGAGAAGCAGAAAAUAUAACCAACUUCUAUGACUGAACUUUAAAUCUGUGGAAAAAUACCCCUGCAGAUUUCUUUAAAAAACUGAACGCUGUAAUAAAAGCAAACAGUGGACACCAAAAGCUGGAAAAUGUGAUUAUAUUUAUAUUUAGCUGUUGAGGCCCAUUACAUAUGUUUUAUACGUUUUCUUUAUAAUGACAACUGAAUAACUUGUACUAAAUGCCAGUUUUGACUGGAACAGUAUUGCACAGUGUCUUGAUGAGACAGAGGGUGACAGAGGACAUUCAUGUAAAAGUUUGGUCUGAAGGAAAUGCAUCUUUAAGAAAGUAAAAUGCUGCAACAGGUCAGGUUUGUUUUAAUAUUCCAUCCAUAUAAAAGCUCAGCACAGGUGUACAGAUGUACAUAUGUAUGCACAUGAACUAAUCUAAUAUUUAUUCUCAUUCCACAUCUAGGCUAUGUGAACUUUUAUGUUUGUAUAUUUUUGUGGGACUGUGCAGACAGUUGGUCUGGUGAAAAAGGGUUGUGGGUAGUGUUCAUCUCCAAAAUUAUCUUUGCCAGGUGCAGAGUUUAAAAUGAGAACUAAUCACAUACUGUUGCACUCCAGUGCGGAUAUCAUCAGCCACAAGUAAACAUCAAAUUAUUUAGCAAAUGAAGGAAGUUGUUAUUUUUUAUGUCAGCGUUUGUCACAUUGUUUUAUGGGUGAAGUUGAUUUAAAUACAUACUGUAUCUCAACUGUUUGGGUUUUUUUGUAUGCUGCUGUUAGGACAGUGAUAAGUGACCUUGUGUGUUACUUGCUAAGUGUCACAUCACAAAGAAGGAAUAAUGUCACGUGGCGUUUUUCCGUUGCACUGCCAUUCACCAAUGCAAAAGACUGUCUGUGUGAAAAAUAUUUAUGACAUGGUACAUAAAGGAGUGUUACUGUUAGAGACUAACAAAGGUCAUAGUUGUUCGCUUAAAUGAGGAAGAAGAUGGUGAUGAGACGUUUUUUGCCAAGUUGAAAAAAAUGCUGAUUAAUUGAGAGUUUGUAGCACAAAUUAAAGUGUCAAACUUGGAACUUGUGAUGCAGAUUUCAUUCUUGAUGUACUCACUCUUUGUCAAAAUGGCAAAUUAACAUUCACGUAGUAAUCAGCAGCAUUUUUUUAUGGCGUAGGCUUUAAAGACACUUACUAUGAUUCCCAGGUGCAUGACAUCAACUGUACUCUCAGAAUGCCCUGCACAUGUAAAUACCUCAGCUCCUCAAUCACAUUUGAUGUACAUUUUUGUAUGCCUUCUCUGCUGCAUCUGCCUGAAUGCUUUCAGACAUGGUCCUGGGCAAUUUUUAAACCCAUGUAAAUGUGUUCGCUGAGAAAACUCUAUGUCAAAUUUAAUAGAAAAUCUUAACGCUGAAGUGUACUGCACUCUCACUUUGUUCAGACGUACGACGGAUUUCUCUCAUUUCAUUCCUUAACUCUCAAAAUGUCCAGUUCACUGUAUAAUUAUGAAAAUACUAUACUGGUUUCUUACAUGAUGGAUAUGACUAUGACAAUGUCAACAGUUGAUUUAGUGUGAAACAUUAAUGAAAACCACACAACCACACACAUACUAUUGAUGCUGGAUUGUUUCAAUUUGUUACCUGGUGUUGGUCCUCAGUGUUUUUAAAUAGUGAUCCACUCUUAAAAUACUUAAUAUAAUCUGUAAUGUUAAAAGUGUCAAUAAAAGAUGGAAUAAACUUCA